AUGUGUGAUCUAUUUGUGGGCACCUGGAAACUCAUUUCCAGUGAAAACUUUGAGGACUAUAUGAGAGAACUGGGUGUGGGCUUUGCUACUAGGAAAAUGGCUGGUAUGGCCAAGCCCAAUGUAAUCAUAAGCACCAAUGGAGAUGUGAUAACCAUCAAAACAGAGAGUACCUUCAAAAAUACAGAGAUCUCUUUCAAGCUGGGUGAGGAGUUUGAGGAGACCACAGCAGAUGACAGGAAAGUUAAGAGCAUCAUAACACUAGACAAUGGCUCACUGAUUCAGGUGCAGAAAUGGGAUGGAAAAGAGACCACAUUAAUAAGAAAAUUGGUGGAUGGGAAGCUGAUAGUGGAAUGUACCAUGAACAAUGUUACCUGCACUAGAGUCUAUGAGACUGCAUGA